AUGUCAAAUUAAAAUUUAUAGUCUGUGCUUAAAAAUGCGAAAAGCGUCAAAUCGUCAAUAAAAUUAUAAUCCACGUUUUAACAACAUAUUCUCCAAUUUUGUCUAUAAAAUAUUAAAAUGUUAAAUCCUUGAGUUAUAUACCGCAGUUUUGAGUGCACCGGAAUAGUGUUAAUGUUGAUUGUGUUCAUUGAAAAGUAACCAAAAAUGGCAAGGUCGCCUAAGGAUGAUCCGAUAUACAAUGAUAUGAAGCACAAUACAUGGAACUAUCAUGCGGAAACCGCUGAAAACUGUGCACCUGGCUCCUUAAAUGAAAGGAAACAACCACAGAUCUCAUCAAACUCGAAUGUCCUAAACGAUAAUAGUAUUUAUGUCAAUCCGAAUUUCGUCGGUAACGAUGUUUAUUUGAACAAACAUGCCUUCAACGUGCAGUCAGGCGAUACCGCUGCCAAUAAGGAUGAAAAGAUACCAUUUAACAAUAUGCCCAACGUUCCUAGGACCAACCAGAAUUACGGCAAUGCAAUGCUUAAACUGAGCAACGGACAAUUAGUGCGUGUGUUUUACGACGAGAACAAUCAACAGCUAAUUUUCCCAAUGUCUGGUCAGUAUGAACUGUUCAACCACAACCAGGGAGUGAGAGAUAUUCCCAUGCAGAUGCCCCAACCUUCACAUUUGUUCACACUAAACCAGGACUUCUCCAUGAACAACAAUAAUGUUCACAUACCAACCUCAAAUAUGAAUCAGACUGUUUACCCUGAUAAUGCUGAAGACCAGUCCCCAACUUCUAACUUCUUAAAGGAUUUGUUGGGAAACCUGGAGCCUAAUUCAACUGGCACAUACUCACCCUUUGGCCAGAACUAUCCUUUAAACCAUCCAGAUGCUUCAAACAUGAACAUACUUACAAGCAACCCUGUUAUUGAACCCCCUAAGAUUCAAACUGUUAAAACUGACUCCCCCAAAAGGAAUGAAAACAGUCCUCUUGCUGACACAAGUAACAAAAAACGUAUUGUUGCUGAGGUAAAGCCAAUGCGGCCAACCUAUUCAGAUGUCCUGGCCAAAAAUACCAAGAACACACCUCAAACUGAUGCUACCCGCAAAGUGAGACCUCAAAAUAUUGAAACUAAACCAAUGAAUAACAAAAUAAACACUAAACCGGAAAAGCCUACAAACAUCAAGCACGAUGAUAAUAAGCAUAAGAGUGAGAAGAAGCACACUAACACAAUAUCUUCAGGGAGUGAGUCUGGUGACAUCAAUACUGAUGACACAGAAAAGCGCUCCAAACCAAACAAAAAGUCUAAGAACAAGCGCAGCAACAUCUCUCGUAAAUGGUCCUCUCUGGAUGACAUCACCAAUGAAGAGGAUGCUAGCUACACACAUGAUAAUGAAAGCCAGUUUGUUUUCAUUGAAAAUCCAGAGAAGCCAUUGAAAAAAGAGAAGAAAGCUGACAAAUUAAAGUCUUUUGAUAAGAGUGCUGCUACUGAGGAUGAGUUUAAACUAUAUGAGGAGGAUGAUCAGUCAGAAUUUGUGCUUCAGGAAGGCCAGAGUGACAAUGCUAAGGCUAAAAAGAAGAAGGAUGGGCGUAGCUAUCACAAAGCUGCAAAGCCUGUGCAGGAUAAGAAGAAAACUCAGUCAAAGUUUAGAAGGAAUAAGCCGGGAUAUUUAGGGCUGGCUCAGAAUUACUUGGAGCAUUGGGGUGGCGCUACAUGGAAGGCACUUGUGUGGUUCAUGUAUCUACUCUCAGAUAUCUGCCGCAUGAGCUUCCAUUUGUCUUUUGAUUUAUGCACCUCAGUGUUCACACAAACAUAUGUGAGCUCCCAAGCAGUGUGGCGCAGCAGUAAGGACUGGUUAAGCAAGUUCGGUGACAACAAAUACUUUCUGUACAUCGACAGGAAGUUCGGACACACCAGAGUUGGAUUCUGGAGGAAAUUGAAAUGGUUUAAAAAAGCUGAAGUUGAACCGGACAAUGGGAACGAUUCGACGAAGUUGAAUGCGAACAUACCGUUGCCGGCGACCGGUGAGGAAGCCAUGAAGAGACUAUUGGCAUGCAAGGGGAAAGAUCCUUACAGUAUACUUGGUGUAAGCGUGACAUGUACGGACGAAGAGAUAAAGCGCUACUACAGACGGCAGGCGUUCCUCGUGCACCCCGACAAGAACCAGCAGCCCGGCGCCGAGGAGGCCUUCAAGAUACUGCAACACGCUUUCGACCUUAUUGGAGAGCCGGAGCGUCGUGAAGCGUACGAGCGUCGCGCGCUGGAGUCCCGCCACGUGGAGGCCGCCUGGAGCGAGCUCAGCACGCUGCUGGCGCAGCUGCACGACAAGAUGGAGUUCGCGGCCAACACCAUCCGUUGCACGAACUGCGGGCGGCGCCACAAGCGCGUGCUGACGGAGCGGCCGUGCUACGCCGCGCGCUACUGCGUGCAGUGCAAGAUACGACACUCCGCGAAAGAGGGCGACAUAUGGGCAGAGUCGAGUAUGAUGGGACUGCUUGUGAUGUACUACGCGUGUAUGGAUGGCGCCGUCUACCAGAUCACACAGUGGGCCAGUUGUCAGAAGAAGAACCUGCGGCAACUGAGGCCCGACUGCCACGUCGUGCAGUACCGGAUCGUGCUCGGGAACAAGGCCAACGCCACGCCCGACAUACACCAGCGACCCAACUCGCACAUUCACGACCCCAACCUAGAGGAGUUCCUCACUAGCCUCUAUAACAAGACCAGUAUGCCACCCAACACAGCCAGCCCCAAGCAAUCGCCCGCCGAAACCACAGAAGCGAAGAAGCGACGCAAUAAAAAACCUAAAGCAUAAACACACACGCCUCUGUAAGGAAAACAAUGAAAGAAUAUCUGAGCUGUUAAAUAGAUGGACGUGAAUUCGCGCGCAAUUCAAAUAUGGAAUGCAUUUGACAUAAAGUCACGCCUGCCGGACCCAACUGUGAAUACUUGCCUUUUAAAAAAUAGAGAAAUAUAAAUUAAACCAAAAUUUAAACCUAAUAAAUACUGUUCUAUAUAAUAAUUUCUAAAAUAAAAUAAAAAAAUAUUGUGUGGCUAAGAAGGAAGGCGCUUGGAGGAUAGAUAAUUGUGUAAGCGUUAAAUAACUAUAUGUAUGAGAUGUCGCUAACGUACCUACUUAGGUUAGAUACUUUAACAAUUUCGAUGAGAAAAUUUCAAGUCUUUGCUAGUUAACAUUGUUAGUUUCUAUGAUUCUUAAUUUGCUUUAUUUUGUGAUACAUGAGAUUUUGAAGUAACGAUAGAUUUUGUAGUUGUAAUGGAAGUCGGUGGGUCGAAAUCACCUGAAAGGAUCCUCUUAUAGCUACGGCUGAAGAUUUCGCCGGCGGGUUUCCAUUAAACCUAUGUCAAAUGAAACCACUCGAGUCAUUAGAAAUAAAUCUGUCAUCGUGUCUUCUUUCAUGACAAACAUUUCAUAAUAAAUUGAUAUUCGACUGUUAGAACCUGACUAUCUGACAUUUUAAUGCAUUCAGAUAUUGCUAAAAUAAUUCUUACCCUAUAUAACAACAUUCUGAAUAGUCCAGCUGGUUAUAACAAGCCGCCAACCAAGGCAAUUUGCUUCAACAGAUAGAAAUAACGGAGCCAUCUAUUUUACAAAUAAAUGUACCAAUAUCUGAACGCUUUAUUUCUGCGAUUCGUGUAAAAAAACUUUUUUCAUUACAUUAUAUGUUCUAGAUUUAUAAAUAUAAGGUUCAAUUUGACAAAGCAGCAGGAACUGCGUGAAAAUACUCUUAAAAAAAUUAAAUGUACGUUAAUUAAGUAAUAUUUUUUUCCACUUACACUAAUCACACCGAAUAGUACAAUUUGUUUGCAUUCAUACAUUAAUAGUUAUUAUUAAUAAUACGUUAUUGAAAUAAUAAUGCUCGUGUUACACGAUUGCAGAGAAUGCAGUAAAUUGAGUUUUUGUUUUUCAUUAUGAUAACACACUAAUUUUUGUACUAUUAUUUAUGAAGUUCUCUGCAACUUUUUUUAAGAUAAUAAGGUGUAAUAAGCAAAACAAGUAUUUCAAUUAGCGGUAUUUCUUUUCCUGUAACCCUUUUACUAAACUAUAAACAUCUAAAACGGUCAUGUAUAAUUUGUAAUUGACUUUGGUGAUCAAAAUAAAGUUACUUAUGAGUCAAAGUAAAGAAAUAUCGCCUUUGUGAAAAAACAACUUUUUCUCUGAACAAGACUGAUCAAAACAAAAAUCGCCAGUCGAACUUCAAGUCAUACGCUGUAAUUAGUUGAUGUGAUCGCGGGCUGUGUACAAUCGACUUCUUUUUAUUCUUCAUCUCGGUACACAUACACUCGUACUUUUCAUCAAACAAUCACAGGUCUGAUCAGUAAAUUUGACAACAGAUUAAUUUGGCCAGUCUUUACAAAGCAGGGUUAUUACGUAUGUUGGAAAGUAACCGCAACAGCGAUUUCGUUACAUGAAUAACUGCCAUUUUUUGACUCACGUAAUAGCCCUGCUGGGUUCUGCUAAUAAUUUGUCUGCUUAUUACACGUUAUGUAGCAGUAUUUCACUUGUUUCACUGCCUCGUAUGAGAUUACCGGUUAUGUUAGGCUAGUGCCGAAGAGAUUGCUACCCUGAUGUUCACUGUGUAGGCCUUCGCGCUUCAUGUGUCAAUAAAGAUGUGGAAACGUAAUUUA